UUACUUGUAACUAUAAAGAUAAGACGUUCUCCGAUGUGUCUAACUUAGACACAAUUAUUUGGUCAAUUUGGAUAAUUAUCUUUUGUAUUAUUUGUAGUGUGUAUUAUACAAGAAAAUGUUAUGUUACAUAGAUAUAUGCCUAUUUGUCUCGGUUUUAUUAACCGCAGGAAACGGCCCAACAGAUGUCGAAGCACAGAUAAAAUCUAAGGUAGCAGCUAGCACUAAGGCUGCCCAACGAAUUUUAAAAGAAGUGUUGUCGGUCGCCAAUGGAGGAACAUGGGGACCGUGGAGUGGUCCUGAAUUUUGUGCAGAGGGUUAUUAUGCAACUGGAUACUCUUUGAAGAUUGAAGAAAAACAAGGAAAAGGAGACGACACCGCACUGAAUGCUAUACGCUUAAAGUGUCGGAAGGGAAAUAACUCUCCUAGUACUGGUGGAACUAUUUCGGCCCAAGAAGGACGAUGGGGUCAAUGGUCGGAAACAACGGAUUGUCCUCUUGGUGAACAAUUAGUUGGUUUUCGUCUACAGGUUGAAGCCAAACAGGGAAGAGGAGACGAUACAGCAGCAAACACUGUAAACUUUAGGUGCAGAAGUUUCAAUGGUGGAGCAACAAAUAUAAUAGGAACUAGAGGAUUUUGGGGAAAAGUUGGAGCAUGGAGUCAAACGUGUCCUCUUGGGUCUGCAAUAUGUGGACUAGAAGUCCGAAUUGAACCCAACCAAGGAAGAGGGGACGACACAGCACUGAAUGACGCUAAAUUUUAUUGUUGUUCACAAUAAAUAAAUAAUUUUAGUCACCAUGGUAACAUAGUGACAAACUUUACCACUUCCCGAUUUUGGAUUUAAUUUUCUGUAUUGUUUUUAUCCUGAUGACUGUGCCCUAGUCACCAAAACAUGUCCAUCUAUUAAAUUACGACAUUAAUCCC